AUGAAUACCGAUGAAUUGGUUGGAUGGAUUGCUUCUUUUUCAUCUGUGGAGAAAUUUCUCUCUACGUUCUGCAACUCAGAGCAAGUGAUGGCUAUCAGAGAAAACUUUCACAAAGCAAAAGAUAUGUACAAGGUUGAUGAAGUAAGUAUGGAUAAAGCCAGAAAGAGCACAGAGUUAAAGACAGCCAACGGGACACCACUGCCUUUGUGGAUACUCGAGCAAUAUCGUGCUGGAUGCUUCUCAACCUCAGUACUAGAUCCAAUGAUUCUCAAUAAAUGUAUUCUACCAAUGAUCAUUGAUAAUCCUAAAAAGGAGUCCAGUACAAAGAUUGGCGAGCAUCUGAAGAGACACUUGUAUGGCUUAUUAAAACCUUAUCUAAAGGCACAAAAGGUCAAGGAAGGAGUGCGUGUUGGUGAAUGUGAUAUACAGUUUAAGCCAGUCAAACCAGCUCAGUGUCUAAUCACAGAUUUAGACUCGCUAAGAGAUGAAGAGAGACUUGAAUUGCUUUGUGAUAUAUUUAGAGUCUCGCCUGAUGAAUUGGGCCAGUUUGAAAAUAAAUGGAAGCUGGUUGCACUGUCCUUGCAUUACUGGAGCAGAAACGCUGAGACCCUUACUCAACAACAGAUUGAUGCUCUUCUCUUUUGCUUUGUAGUUUAUUCCAGUGAGCAAGGAAGGGGCAUUAUCGCUAGUCAUUCUCGUUUUCAAAUUGACGGUCGUUGGACUAAUCACCAGCUUGACAGCCUCCACUCAUUCUCAAUGUGGCAAUGCGUGUAUUAUGAGGCCAUGAAACUGAAUGAUGUCCUCAAACGACCGCUUGAAUUCACUUCUCCAGCUCUUUUAUUUGAUGGUAGACUAUGCUUAAAUUAUGCUUGCAUGAAAGAAGCAGAUUUUGAUGCCAUCAAAGAAGAGACUCUGACUACAUUUCCAGAUAUGGCAAAACUUUAUGAGGAGCUGUUAUCAAUAUGCAGCCCUAGAGAGGUUUCUAAGGGUAGCUCAUCUCAUAAAGCAAGCAAGGAGAAGCAUAAGCAACCUGCAGCAGCAACAAAGAAGACUUACAGUACACUAGUUAGUACUGCAAAUCGUUUUGAGCUCCUUGAUCUUGACAGUGAUGAUUCUGAUGAAGAUGAUUCCGAUGAAGAAAACUAA